AUGGCUGCAACAGAAACUACAAAAGAUGUCGAUUCCCUACCGAAUAGACCUUGGACUAUUGACCAAGAAAUAAGACUAUUCAGUUUAGUGUGCGAUUAUAAACCAGCCGGCCCGAAAAAACACGAGAAUAUGGCAAUUAUUAUAAACAAGAUCAACGAGGAUAUACAACCACUGGAGAGGCCACUCAGAGAGUCCGACAUAUGGGACAAGUUGGACCAGUUGUAUGAUCUUCCGAAAAUUGAUCUUCUUGAAGGUCUCAGUGGGGAUGAAGUUGUGGCCAAUGACAGCUUGAAUUACAGUAGUGACAGUUCACCCAUAAAUGAGAAGAAGUCGAAAGAGAACGUGCAACAUGCAAAACCUAGCAUUGCGGUUGCAACUACAAAUGCGAAGGACAGUGUAAAGAACGAUAGUGAAGAGGACAAUAAAGAUGAACGACAAUUUAGUGAAGAGGACGACGCCAAGCGGGAAAAGGAUGCCAAUACAAUAUCACCAUCUAAAGAUAGACAAAGCAAAAGUGGACACGAAAUAACAACACGUAGACGUUUGAGGCAUUCAGUUAAUGAAGAUCCUGAAAUAAGUGAAAAUGUUCAAAACCUGGGCAGGGCUCGAGAUAUUAAAAGUGAAGUCGGAGAGAUACCGCUGGAUACCAAGCCAAGCAAGACACUGUAUCGGGAUGACGAAGUCGAAGCUUCAAAAGAAGCAAGUGGCCAAGAAAAUCAAACAUCGGAAGAAGACAGUCCAGAAGCGGCGCCCGCAAGACGAACCAGGGGACGCAGGCACGUCGUAGAUCACGAUGUAAUCACAAUCGAACCCCCUCGCAAGAAAACAAGAUCAAAUAUCAAGUCUGAAGAUUCUCUGGACGAAGCGAAGGUUGAUAUUGUUCCGGCAAAGAAGUCUAAACUGACCGCCCCAGUCCCUCAACCACCUUUAACGCGAAGAAGAACUCGAUCUGAAGCUCAUACUGAGCAAGACGAUGAGGAUGAAGCAGAAGUUAGGGGCAAUGAAAGCAAGACAAUUGAUCUGGAGAAUGACUCCGCGGAAGAUGUAAAAGACGAGAAGAAACCAAUAAGGACAGAAAAGAAGAACGAGAAGCAUCAUAAGAAUACGACAGACACUAUUAAACCAACGGUUAGAAGGUCGAGUAGAGGAGCUAACACUACGCCGGCCCCAAGCAAACCUGCGCAUCCUGUAAGGCGUAGUACAAGAAAAAGGUGA